GCACGUAGUGCCGUGCACACUUUAGCUCUACUCCUCCCUUCUGCCCUCCCUCGUCUCGUCUUCUGCCUAGCAGCAGCUAGCAAGUUCGCUUCACGCUUCCCCAUCGCUCGCUUCGUCGUUCAACUCGAAACACCCCGCAGCCGCUGGUCAUUGUCCGAAGCUUUACGCAGCAAACCGCGCGAUCAAAAGCUCUCGGUUCAACGCGGGAACUUUUGCAACCAAAGCGCGCGCCUCACAUCAGCCAGUGAUCGUGACGUAGUUAUUGACAAAUCUUUAUUUCGCUUUGCGCUGCAUUUGAUGUCACCCGAGCUCUAGUCGCGCGCUGGCUGCACAGGUCUCCUGCCGCAAAGGACUCUCUUAGAAGUGCGCGAGGACACGUCACAGUGCGAUGAAAGGGACGCAGGGAGAGCAGGAGGGAUGAGAAAGCGAUUCAAGUGAAAGAAGUCUCGCAUCACCAUAAAGUGCCUCAUCUGGAUGCUGCGGAAGCCCUUCUCUGUGUCCGCUUCGGAGCGAUCUCUUCCCCGCUGACUUGAGCGUGUGCGUGUGCGUGUGCGCUUGGCCUUGGCUCGGGCUAUAUUUCACCCUGACAGUCAAUCAACCCAUUUGCCUGUUCCUCGGUUCCAGCUCCACCUGCUCGCCAUUUCACCUUUUAAUACAAGGACGCCAGUCGAUUAGUUUCCCUUUUGGGUUCUCAAAGUGUCUCUCCCUUCACUUCUGCAGUCUCUCCAUCCCUGGCGACCCAGACAUGCUAGUAUCUUUAGGGACUGCUGCACCUAUGGCAACAGGGCAGGGGGUUUCAGAAGCCUAAAUUUAGAGAAAGUCCGUUUUACAUCAAUGCAAGAGGGCUAUUUUAAUCCCCGAGCUCCGGAGAGUGAGUCUAGACAGUGGGGCGACCACUGCAGACAAAUACAAAGUGCCGCUCUACUCUACUUUUAAUGCCUCGUUUUCCUGGACGGCAGCCGAAGAUGCACCGCAGCAUGUCACAUUGACCUACUCCACCUCAGCACGCUCGAUUCAUCGCUCUCUCUGCCUGACUUUAAACUGAUCUCAUAUUCCCGUCAUACUUCCUCACUGGCUGAUCAGCAGACUAUGCCCCCUUCCUGUCCAUAAGAGAGUUUGGUUUUCAUUUCUAGACUGGCAGUCUGACGAUCUUCUUGCCACUGUGCUCAUUUUUUGCGGCUUUUUUGCUUCAUCACGCCUGGCUGCCCCACCCCAGCCCUCCGCUCACCCGCCGCUCGCUGAGGGACCGCCAUGGCCGUCAAUGUGACCAUGGGUCGCGACACCAAGUGGCUGACGCUGGAGGUGUGCAGAGAAUUCCAGCGAGGAACCUGUUCGCGUUCGGACACCGAAUGCAAGUUCGCUCACCCAUCUCGCACCUGCCACGUGGAGAACGGCCGCGUCAUCGCCUGUUUUGACUCACUCAAGGGACGCUGUACACGUGAUAACUGUAAGUACCUGCAUCCUCCGCCUCAUCUCAAGACCCAGCUGGAGAUAAACGGCAGGAACAACCUGAUCCAGCAGAAGACAGCAGCCGCCAUGCUGGCCCAGCAGAUGCAGUUCAUGCUGCCUGGAGCUCAACUGCAGCCCAUAACCUCGUUCCCAGUAACGCCUUCCUUGGCCAACAGUCCGAGCAUGGCUUUCAGCCCGUACCUGAGCCACAUGAGCCCGGGCAUCAGUCUCAUGCCCGAGCUUCUGCCCAGCGCCCCCGUGCUGGUCCCGGGGAGCCCCACCGGCAUCGCCAUGGGCAACGGAAAUUCAACGCAGAAGCAUGUUCGCACAGACAAGCUUGAGGUGUGUCGAGAAUUCCAGCGGGGAAAUUGCACACGCGGGGAGAACGACUGCCGCUAUGCCCACCCUAUGGAAGCCGCCAUGGUGGACGGCAGCGAGAACUCCGUCAUUGUUUGCAUGGAUUACAUCAAGGGCCGAUGCACCCGUGACAAAUGCAAGUACUUUCACCCUCCGGCUCACUUACAGGCCCGGAUAAAGGCGGCGCAGCACCAAGCCAGCCAGAAUGCUGCUGCCAUGGCUUUGCCACCAGGAGCCAUGCAACAGCUACCAAAGAGACCGACCCUGGAGAAGACUAACGGCGCGGCUGCCGUCUUCAACCCCAGCAUGUUCCACUACCAGCAGGCUUUGGCCAGCAUGCAGCUGCAGCAGCCAGCGUUCAUUCCCACAGGCUCCGUAUUCUGCAUGGCUCCAUCUGGAGGCAUUGGCUUUUUCAAACCCCCAGGCCCAAUGAUAGAGGGCCGCUGGGAGAGGCGGGACUGGACCGGCUGCAGGGCCCCCCAAAGCCGUUACCUGUCAGGGCCUGGACAUACUGUUCCCAUGAUGCACGGUGCCACCACUUCCACUGUUUCGUCGGCUACGACCCCAGUCACCAAUGUUCCUUUUGCUGAAUCAGCCACCUCCAACCAGACGGCGCCGAGGUACUGAGCGCCGACCCCAUCGACCUCCAGUGCGUUCCCAUGGAGGCCCAUUUCUGUCCCGUUCCUAAACUCCUGGUGGCUGCACCAAUGACGCUGAAUCCAGUAAGCCUCUCCCGCAAUCCCACAACCUAAUCAGGCCCAUCUCUCAUGCAACAUGUGCCCAAACAACAGAAAAAUGAAUGCAACAAAACGUGUGCCUAAUCAGUACGUCCUUAACGGGCAAUACAUUCAUCCUCAUAUCAGAGAUUCCCACUUCAUUUGACGUCAACAGAGGUUUGUUGAUAUUGAAACAGGCAAUACUUAAGCUUGGACCUACAACUGUUUAAGGAAGCAUGCCAUCUCGAUGUAAGGAGACGCAAGGAGCGCACGGAUGCUGAAUCAGGAGAUGGAGCGCUCUCGUAACUCACAGCCAUACGAAUACAUGCAAACCAAUUAGCUGAGAAGAGUGAAUUCUCUGGAGGUGAACAUUAGAUUUCAGAGCCGACUCGUUUGAUGUACGGUAAGAGGUGGAGUCGAUGCAGAUCAUCAGCAGACAGAAUGUUCCUCCGUCGUAGAAUGUGAAAACCCAGAGUGUGUGAGAGCGGCACCUAAUGAAAUUUUACAUAGUUGUGGUGGUAAUUUCUUUCACAUUUAAUUAUGAUUAAUGAACGUGGCACGUUUUAUUUCAUGUUUACAUUUCAAAAUGUCGAGAAAAAAAAAGGUUCUUUGAAAAUGAUUGAUGCUUUUGUAAGAUAAUCUGAUACUGAUUCUCAUGAUACUGAUUUAGGUUUUUCGUUAAUUUAGGUUUUCAAAAUGUCGUUUUUCGUGCCUUUGAGUUACAAGUGUGUGGACGUCUUUUUUUCCCCCAGUUCUUCUGUACUCAACUGACUUACAUUUUAUCAUAGACUAAGAAAGUAUACCUGUGUAGCCUUUCAGAAUCAAUGUGUCGUUCCUCCGUCUACUUAGGGAUGUGUGUUGUUGUGAGUUUUUCUUGAAAGAGUAUUAUUUAUUUAAUGACUUUCCAACAGGCUAAAACUGGUCAACUGAGAUAAGUGUUACUAUUCAUGCCUGAAGUAUCUCACCUCGCAUUUCAAGCUCCACAUCGAGACGGUCAAACAGAAGAUUGGUUCACAUAUUCAUACCUCCAUUUUAAAAAUAGAACUGCCUUAAGCAGACUAAAUAUGAGCACUUCUUGUUACGCAGUGUGACGCACGCUGAAAUGUAAGGUCUGAUUGCAGGCCUUCUGGAUGUAUAAGAUGUCUCAUUGAGAAAAUUUUAACUGGACUUUAUUUUUAUUCCAGCUGGUCUUUGUUCUUUAAUGUUUCUUGCAAAUAUUUCUUAUUGUCUGAUGUCCUGCAAAUUCAAAUUCGCUUUUUAGAUUAUAUAUUGCAUUUCUUCAAUUACUUGGCGAAAGUCAUAUUUCAUCCCAAAAGCAGAAGAAGAAAAUAUUUGCUGAAACAAAUUUUUAUGACAAUUAAGCACUUCUAUUGUUAUUACCAUAAUGCAACAAAUCUCACUUUUAUCACUAUAAUGUGCAAUAAAAAAAUGUUUUAAGUAUCGUGGUUAUAUUUGUUCUAAUUCUGUUGUUAACAAAAUAUAAUACUAAAAACAAUUAUAUUAUAAUCGCUAUAUUGUACUAGUGAAAAUCAUAGAGGAUUUCAAAAUGCAAUUGCUCCGGUGCAAAAACAUACAAUGCAUUAUGGAAAUGUAGUUUAAUUGUCAUGAAAAUCAGAUUUUCUUUGUUUUGAUUUUGGUGUGAAAUGUGACAUUUUCAGAAGAUUCACCCUAUUACCAUGUCUAUCUCUUGUAGACAAACCCCUUCUGAUGGCUGGACUGUCUCUGCCAAAAUCCAUGCUCUGCCCCACCUGCUGUGUGACAGUCUGUUCGUCUUUUUGUUCAGCCAUGUUUGGUGCAUCCCUGAGUGUACAAUAAGAUGAGUUUUCAGUCUCCAUUAGUUGCCAAAAUUAUUCUUUAACCUGCAUGUUUAGUGGUUUACACACUCAUUUAUAACAGAUUGGCACACAUAUGUUAAAUCCCGAUCAUUAAAAUCACAAGGAGAUAUGCAAAGUCCUUUGUAGAAGUCACAGACUGGUACCUGAUUUGAAUAUCCAGCGUCUCUCCCAUUAGUUUGCUGUAUUCAGCAGCAUAUGCGCCCCCCGCACAGACAUGUCAAGUGCACUGCUUUUGUGCCAAUGACUCUCAGACAGGUCACCCUGUGCCAAUCACUGGAGAACUCAGACUGCACAAUCAGGCCUUGACAUGCCAAGGUCAUGAGCCAGAUGGAUUUAAAUUGCAAUAUUGCAAAUGUGCCCACCCAAGCGACAAAUCUAAACCUAUUGGAGCAAGCUAUUAUCUUGCGCUUUGUUUUGAAACAUCUCAGUUAUUGCUACCGUUCAUUAGGCGAGUCCUACAGUUGGGAAACUGACAGUAGGGCGGUUUUCAGCAGCUGUUUUUAUUACUGCAUGAGUGUGCACCCGCUAAUAGAGUUCCGGUCUCUGCCAACCAAGAGCUCUAUUAGAUUAUUGCCGUAAUACAUUAUUGAUAGUUUAUCCACGGAGGAAACAUGAAAACUGUGUCAGACGGACAAUACACAGAGGCCUGCAAUCCAUUAGGGGAGUUUCUUUGCCCAUUUUGACUUUGAGAUAGACGGCUGAUUGAACUCUUUAAGUUGUUUUUGUGUUUGUUGUGUUCAUGUGCGAACAGGUUGAAAUCACUGACUGUGUCCUUACUUUCAAAAGUCGGCAGACUCUAAAAUGCAAGGGCGUAGAUGACCGUGUGACAUCGGAAUAUUUUGGACUGUGAGCUGAAAGCUGCGGCUCUCGUGUAGACAUGCUACAAUUAAAAGAAAUUUUGAUUCUUUUCAGACUGGGUACUUAGAAAAGGCCCUCAUCAGCCAAAGCUUCAUUUACGAGCCCCUCCGCGGGCCUUUACAUGCAUAUAUGAAUGUGACAUUUAAGACAGAGAGAAUGUCACGAGAGGUUUUGGAUGCCUGUCUCACCAUUUCUCUCGAACGAAACUACAACCUUUCUCAACAUAUCAAGGAAGUGAAAGCCUCCCAAUGCCAUCCACUGUUGAUGUACAAAAAGCGUUUUUCGUCACUUAUCUCAAAGACCCUUCUCUAAACUGUUGUCUCCUUUGGGACAGCCAUGUUGUUUCAGCGGCGUAACCCCAAGAGAGAGCCAUAAAGCUGAUUUUAUGACUUAAAAACAUCAUUGCAACUUUUUUGCUAAUCAGCACACACACACACACACACACACUAUCUAGGCCAAACACAAGUGAAACGAUAUCAUACAGCGGUGGUCUAAACCAAGACAAAAUCAGAGCGAGAUGAUACUAUACUGUGUCAUAACUGAAAUAGUAUCUGUAUUGUAAACAUCUCUGUAUAAUGUUCAUGUGUUUUAAGGUUGUUUUAAGAAAUACUGGGGCAAGUGCGUGUGGAUUCGUUUAGGAACGAUCUCUACUGUUUAUUGAUGUGUUGGAUUGUGUUUUGUAAUUCAGUUCCAUUGCCCAGCCAAGGUGUAGAAGCUCCUUUCUCUCUGUCUCUGUCUCUCUCUCUCUCUCUCUCUCUCUCUCUCAUAUAAAGAAUUAUGCCUUCUCCAACUGCAAUCCAGCUGGAAUCAACGAAAUACUUGAUAAAGAAAAAACAAUGUGCCUCAUCGGGGGCUUUAGCAUUUUAAGAACUCACUUUUUAAGAAGUGUGCAUACCUGCAUAAAGUAGUUAGCUAGAAUAAUCUAUGUGUACGUAUUACAAACGCAUCGUCACCGUCAUUCUAGUUUUUCACAUUAUUGACCUUCGUAACGGUACCUGUUUUAACUAUACCCUCACGACUUCAGUCAUGUUACGGUGUGUUGUUUUGACACAACUGUCAAUGGUAGUUUGAGUUUGAUCAUUAGCGUUACUCGGUUUACCUUACCUUACAUCGUAAAGUCUGUCAUCGCAUGAAAUUAAAAUAAUCUGAAUAAUCUACAUCAUAGUUUGUGCAGUUAGUGGUUUAAGAUUUAAAAAAUUACUUAAUCUAUAUAUCUAUAUAUCAAUAUACACAUUUGUAUGUAUUACAAUGAUAGAUUCAUUGUUACCUAUGAUAGUAAGUUCUUGUUGCUAUGGCAACAAAACUACAACAUGGCUACCUUUGUAUAUCUUAAUUGUGAAUUUUUUCACACUUCAAGUGAAAUAAUGUACAACGUUAACUUAUUCAGAAAGGGAAUGUGUUCUUAAGUUGUCUUGGAAAAAAGAGAUGAUUGACUAUUUUGUAAAAUUAUAUAUACAGUAUAUAUAAACGUAUAUAUAUACAGACUUGUGAGAUACUUUAUGUCCAAAGGCCCUUUGGAGACAUCAUACGUUAUUUCUGUUUUAAUGAUUAUUAUUUUUCUAUUGGGGUUGCUGAUCACUUUUAGAUAAGAUCCAGAUCUUUACGUAAACAGCAUCUGAGCUUUUGAACUGAUCUGAUGGAUCAAUUUGGGGGAAAGAGACUUUCUAGUCUCAUAUUUGGUCCGAAAAGGUUUGGCGGUUUUUAUAAGCAACGCAGCCAUGUGAUGUCAGUAACGGGACGGUAUCAGCCAUACGUGAGCCCCUGAUUUAAGUCUCUGUCCCCCUCUGGCCCACCCAGACUGCACCCCAGCUGUGCUGGGACCUGGUGACUCGUGUCACCCCAUCGGUGUACGAAUGUGUGUUAUUCACCUUGUUUGCACUUAUGUACAUAACUGAUUCAAAAUAUUCAGAAUUUAUUUUGAAUAUACAUAGAUGAAUAAAUAUAUAUAUAUGUAGAAGAGCAGAUUCAAAUCAAAUGUCUGUAUCGUUCGGAAUACAGGUAAACAGUUAUCCUUUUAAAGGGUUGUCAAAGAGAUAGAUGCUGUUUCGCUGGGGUGUCGAGGAAUUUGUUGUUUGUUCUGUUUGCUAAUGCCCUCGUUCUCAUCGUUAAGCAUGAUACUGCAUUUUGCGGAGAAAAUGAUGUCAAAAAAGGCUUUGUAGUUUUGCGUAGCUUACAAAAGCGCAGCGACCUGAGCACUGUGCCCGCUCUCGUCUGAUCCUGAGGUCCAGAAACCAAAGAACGGCCAGCUCGUUUCUCUUGUUACCUCUACGUCGUGCGGUUUUGUUUUCUGUGUAGUCCCGUGGGACGCGAUGAAAAAGGGUGGGGGGGGGGGGUGUAAUAACGCUCUGCCCCCUACAGGAAGACCAGGAGGGCAGCGUAAAGAGCACCUCAGGAUCAGACCGCAGCUGGAACGCAUUGCUGCAGGUUACACAAAAUAACAUAUUUCACUUUUCCAUUCUUGUGCACUCACCAAGACCAACAAAUAACCUGAAAAUCUCACAGGAUAUCCUCAAUCAAAAUUGCUCCAAAAUCCAACGUGAAAUCGCUAGACAGAACCCUCUGUUGAAGAAAACUUGUACAUUCUGUGCUCUACAGUUGCUUUGGAAGCCAAUAAUUUUGUUGCCAUGGCACUUGCCCUAUUAGUGAGGGAGAGACUGAGUCUUUUGUAGGUUCUCGCAUAUAGACGCACCUUUGGACCAAUCGAUUAUGGUCCUCAGCCUUUUGACUGUAAAGCUGAGGUAGCACUUAGGACUUAGCAUAGACUAAGGGGUCCCGACUUGCAUCCAGAAGCUGAAUGCGAACAUAGGGGUGCUCCUUUUACCACUGUGCUUGACAGAGAAAAUCGACAAACACUCUUCUGCUGUCCAUUAUCCUGUGCCUAAACAUUCGGUGUGAUGUGAAAGGACUGGUCUGUCAAGAAAGCCAUUGAGGUUAGACUUCCACCUAACUGUGCCCUGCAUUCAGUCACGUCAUUGUCAUUUCUGUGACUGGAACCCUAACGUCAAUGGUUCGUGUUUUAACCUGUAGAAGUCCCUGAGACCGGAGCAUCACAUUAAUGUUGUACAAAGCUGUAUAGUUUCGAAUGAAAUCGUUCAUCGAUGCAGAGGUUAUGUCCCUUUAAAGGCAUCGGCUGACGUUCGGUGACCAACGCCGAUGCCUGUGUAAAUGCUAUUGUGUGUGUGGAACCGUUCAAAGAAUGUCUACAUUGUUUCAAAGCCAUAUGUAAUUGAUUCCUCUCUCUCCCACUGUAGGACAAGAUAAAACUGAAUGCUUUGACUCUUUAUAUGAAAUGCUUCUCUUUCUAUUUAGCUUAUUGUGCUUGUAUGUGCUUCAAGAACUGUGCUUCUUGUCAAUCCCUUUGCGAUAUAUAAAUGUAUGGAAUAUAUACAUACUUAAGACUUCUGUUCUUUUUGUUUGACAUUUUAAUAAAGCACUUAAAGGCAGUUUU